GUCUGGCGGAACGCCCUGGACGAGGAAGUUCCCAGCUUGUUCCGCGCCAAGGUCGAAUUUCUCAUGGAGCGCGGCGUCAAUACGAACAGAGUGUGGUCUUGGCAGGGGCCUCUGACGCCCGCAGAGUUCUUCCUGAAGAAGCUGCACUGGAGUUGUCUCUUUUCGGCGGACACGUCCUUUAUCGACCGGGGUCUCUGGACGAUGGACUUUUUGGAGGGUCGUGGCUGCCUGGAGUGGCCACUGGCUGCUUUUGAAGCUUUCAACACAUGCGAGAUAGCGCUGCAAGCGAGCGAGUUGGCUGGCCUGGAGGUUGGCGCGGCACGUGAGCUGGAGUUGAUACUGAAUGACACGGAGGAAUCUUUGCAGCCGCUGCAGACGGCAUUGAAGCAGCAUCUCAGCCGAAAGUUGCUCAAGAAGCCCUUAGUGACUUUGAGGGAAGGCCAAAGUUCCGAAAUCAUCGAUGGCCAUGCUAGCAAGCUGGAUUUUGUUGACAAGGAGAGUCUGCCGGAAGCAAUAUUGCGACUGGAAGACUUACGCGAGGAAUGGCUAGCUGAAAGCUGCUCAGAGAUGUGA